AUGUUAACCGAUGUCAAGCUUCAGAAACGUACGCGCCGGGCUCUACAAAAUGAUAUUCUAAGACAGAAAGUUACAAAUGAUGUCACCAGAACCGCUUCCACGGCAGCAGGCAUUUCUUCCACAACAAAAACAACAACAACACCAGGUCCAAAACCGGCCCCAACCACGGCGGUGCUGAUUCUGACCUAUCAACGCAGUGGUUCUUCUCUGAUUGGGGAGCUCUUCAACCAGAACCCAUCAGCUUUUUAUCUGUUUGAGCCUCUCUGGGCCUUAUACGAGAACAAGAUAAACCCAACUUUCCCGAGCACUCUGCUACUUGCAAAUGGGAAUAAAAGACCAAUGCCAGCAACUGAAGACUUUGGCUCGUUUUCUCAAGAACUGAUCACCAACAUGGCGAGAUGCGACUUAGGGCAAGUCCCCAUGGAGAUAUUAGCACCUUUUGGCGACGACGGACACUGGUUCUUUAGCGCCAAUGGGAGACAUAAGGCAUUGGCAAAAUAUAUAGACUGUAUCAAAAAAGAUAACGAUGCGAAAAAGGACGCAUUGUGCGUUCCUUUGGCCCAAGCCGUUUGCGAUAAUUCUACCAUAAGAGCUAUUAAGACCAUUCGAUUUCGAAUGUGGAUGCUGGAGCGAGUGCUUCUAGAAAAUCCAGGGAUGAAGGUUAUUCAUCUGUUCAGGGAUCCCCGAGCAUCCAUUUUAUCCAGGUUUACGUCUACCCAAGCCGGCUGCAAGUUAGAGUUUGAGGCCAGCGCAAGAUGCUAUGACAUGUCCAAGGAUCUGACUACCGGUGGACAUCUUUUCAAAAAAUACCCGGGGCGAAUCAUGCGAAUUCUGUACGAGGACAUGGCGGAUUAUCCUAUGGAAACAGCACAAAAGAUACAUAUGUUUCUGGGAAAAGAGCUACCGAAAAAUGUUCUAGAUUGGGUUUUGGAAAACACAGCGGCUGGUGUAAAUGACACGGAGUUGUUCGAGACCACCCGAGCUAACUCCAGCGAGACUGCACAUGCUUGGGAAUUGAGUAUCCCGACCGACAUGGCUUUCAAGAUAGACGAGAUCUGUUAUGAUGUGAUCGAAGAGCUAGGGAUUGGAAUUCUACCACUGGUACAAAAGAAGGGCAGAUGGUGCAUCUUUCAAAACCAUGUUGCUUGGGCUACCAUAGAAGUAGCUCUCCAAAGCGAGGCAAUACUUAAAAAUCACGAGGACGAGUGA